AUGGAUGUUCCAAUACUGACUCCUGGUGUGAAGGAAUCUGUAGUACUGCAGGACGAUCGCCGUGCGAAGUCACUCGCUUAUCAUAUUUCUACGCCUAAUAUAACACGAUCGUUUGUUGAGGCUCCUCAUUGUGCGGUCACAGCCGGCCAAUACAAAGGAAUGCGUUGUAGAACCGGUGAAAGUAGCCCUUCUCCGAAGCCUAUGCUUCGCGACGGUGGCCAUCCUACCAGAGCUGGUGGUACUAUUUUAGACGCCUCGCAUCACAUCGAUGGAGAAGCACAUGAUACGAUGUAUGCAGAGGAUCUCGAAACUCUCGGUGUCAAUGAGGCUCUCGGAAAGACUCCACUGCCGGAGAGCUCUCUGAUAGCUAAAGCCAACGAGGAAGCUCCAUUAAAAACCGCCGAAACUUCUGAGCAGUCUUUUUCCGAGCUAAUUUUUCAAGACGUUCUUGAAGACUGCAGUCCUUCCAAAGUUAUCUCCGAUGGUUUGGAAGGAAUCGGUUUGGAAUGGCCGCCUAUGACUAUUGUAAAUGGGUGUUCUUCAAUAAUAAAGACUGAAGAUACGUUUGAUAUGAUAGCGAAAGAAGGGACCAGAACUUUUAUUGAAGCGGAAGCACCACCAUGUGAUUCCAUUUCUCAUGAUGAAAGUACUGCUGUAGCCGGUAGAGACCAAGCUAAUGCUCUCAGGGAUGCCUCAGCAUUGGAAGAAGCCCUCGGCCAUCUUUCCAAAUCACCGAUCACUUCGUGCGGUGACCACUUCGACAUGAGUUCAGAGAAAGAGGAGAAGAAACAGGGAAGGGCUGCAAAGAAAAGUAGCAGCUGUAGUCGAAAACGCACUCGGGAGUCGUCGAAAGAAUCUCAAAACUUGGGCGGAAUACUUCGAGAGAGCAAUUCAAAUAAGAAUGGCACCAAUCAUCUGAAGAGUCUGCUGAAAGAUGGGCAACAGAGUACGAUUUUUGAAUGCAGUAUGCUGGGUUGUUCAUCUAAAUUGAAAUGGCAUCCCAAAGUGGGAAGGAAUCGCUUGGUUGAUCAUGUACGAACGCAUUGGAAUAAGGAGGUGAAGAAAUGCAAAUUGUGUGAUUUUACGGCGAAAACCGCUAGAAAAAUACAUCAUCAUCACAUGCAUGAGCAUCCGAAUGAAGCGUUCAUGGGGGCUCAAUCAAACGAGACGGAGGAGGAUUUGAAAGAACUGCAGCGUUUGUACAUGCAAUGCUUCCCCGGUUCCGACGUACACACUGUUCUCCCUGAUCACUGGCAUUUGCAU